AUGUUCGGGUUCGGUCCAGCAGCUGCGCUGCUCCUCGCAGUGUCAGUCUUCACGGUAGCCGCAGACGACACUUGCUAUCUUCGCCGAAAGGACCAGAUCAUCACGAAGAAUGACUGGGUCUCUUGUCCGAACACUGGUUCUUCGUCCGGAGACUCGCUGUGCUGUCGGAAGGGAGAUGUGUGUGGUCCCGACUCUCUCUGCCACACGCCGACUGUCAAGGACGGCAACGAGUGGUAUCUGGGUGGCUGCACGAACAAGGACUACAAGGGCUCGGUCUGCAACAAGGCCUGCUCGUCGUACCAUCAAACGUGGGCCGUCUACAACAACACCGGAAAGGGCUACUGGACCUGUUGUGGCGACUUUGACUGCGAUGAUGCUAAGCAUACCACAAAGAUGUUCGACGGCGUUUCUCCCUCCUCGUGGAAGCCGGUCUCAACGGCUGGCAGCAAAAUGGGUCCCGUCAGCAGCGGCAGCAGUGGACUGUCCAGGACCGCGAAGAUCGGCAUCGCCGUUGGUGUAGCCGUCGCAGUGGUUAUUGCGAUCGUCGGUGGUAUCGUUGGCUUCUGCCUCCGAAAGAAGCGCGCCGUGAAGAAACAGCCCGCUUUCGGCAGGUCAGCGAAGAAGCAGUACGAGCAGAUUGAUCGCUCCCAGGGAGACAUACAGAUGGCAGCGCCUUUCGUGGCCGGGGAAAACCAGCCCUACUCGCGUCCACCAUCUCCGCCGGGUGGCCUUGCUCCUCGAUACUCGGACGACCGCAUACGUACACGGAGCACCUCCAACCCACCUCCGUUCCAGCCUCCGAGGGAUUGA